AUGGGACUGCUUUACCCCCGCUUCCACCUACCCUUCUUCCCACCCCCCGCCGCUGUCCUGCCCAGACGCCUGCUUGGGCGGAGAGAGGGGGUUGGAGGUGAGGAGGUGCAAAGGCGCUCGGAGCGGCGGGACAGCCGCGCGCUCUCCGCAGUGAUGUCAACCGCAUCCGCCGCAUCGUCCCCUCACCACCUCCACCCCGGCCUCGCCCGCGCCGCGGCCCGCGGAAACCUUGGGGUCGAGAAGCAGAAGGCGUGCGGGUGCCCUGAGCCCCCCACUCCAUUUGCAAACGUGGGAGAGACAGGGAGUGGACCAGCCGCGCUGCCGCAGCUCCCGGUGCGGAAGAAGGGGAAGGAGGAGAAAGGGGCGGUGGGCCCAGGGGUAGUUGGACGCCCCAGGUCCCGUGGGGGAGUCUGCCUGGAACUGGUGCUGCCGGGUUUAGAUCAGGGGCGCAGGGCACGGACCCCUGCGAGUGUGGCGCGUGUGGGCACGGAGAAAGCUCCCCCUUCUCCCAGGAUAGAAACGGGAGAUUCGGCCGCACCCAAAGAGGACGGCGGACGAGAUGAGGGCUUGGUGGAGCGACCGGGCGCGCCUUCCCGCCGCCCGCCCCUUCCCCCGGGAAGGGGCUCUGGCUGCCGCUCCCUAGAUGUGCCUUCCGCUCUGCAUCCCUCCCUCUGUCAUCUGUCUGUCUAUUCUCUCGGUCCCUUUUAUUCCAGUAGAUCUGCUGCCUUUCGUUCGGCGGGGCUGACACGCUGCGGACUGCAACCAGUCUGUGAAGAAAGAGGAACAACAAGGCAAAGACCUGGAGUGGUACCCCCGGACAAAGCACUCGGAGCUCGGCGAGAAGGGGUGCGCGAGAGCGCUGGCUCGGGAAUUCGCGAGAUCUCCGACGCCCAGGGCGCCCGCCCGCGCCGACCUCUGAGGGUAUUCACAUUGAAUUGCAUCUAUCUUUUCGAGAGGACCGCAGCAGGCGGGUCCGGGAAGGCUGGUUCCCGGAUCCCUGCCGCGGACCAGGGCGGCUCACUCAGCGGCACGCCCGGCCCCGCUACGCCUGGACUCGGCCGGCGAGGAAAAAGCCUGGAUCCGAAAGGAUGGGGGAGAACAAAGAGCCUUUGGAAGACGUCGCCGUUAUCUCAUUGUCUGAGUGACUGGGGGAGCUGCGGUGGAGAGGAUGCUGUGGUCCUUCCUCCCGGCGCUCCCCCACCCCCACCCCUCUCCCCGCUGUCAGUGCGCACGCACCAGCGCCGCUUUUUACUUCUUUUUCCCUGUUUGGUUUUUGUGUGUGUGGUGUGUUUUUUUUUCCAUUCCAUCUUCUUUCCCAUCCCCUUUUAUUUCUUCCACCUUUCCUCCCUCCUCGCCUUCCUCCGGAGAAAGGCCUCUCUCUCCGUGUUCACAGCGGACCUUGAUUUAAAUGUCCAUACAAUUAAGGCACGCGGUGAAUGCCAAGAAUGGGGCCGGCUGAGCGCCGUGGUCCGUGAGGACCCGCCAAGGAAGGAGCCACGGAGCCGAGGCGCCCUCCGCAGAGCCCAGCGCUGCGGAUUCAGGCUGGAGGGGUCCCGGGCUCCCGGCCGCAGGAGCCCUUGGCGCGGGGAGGUGUGUGAUGUGUGACAGACCGGGGCUGAGAGAUGCGAACGGACUCGGGGAGAGAAACCGAAGCUGCUUCUGUGAUCAGCGCAGAUUUGUGCGAG